AUGUUGCAUAGAGCACCGACGCCUCUUGACUCAACACCUCCCCGCACAUCCGCCUCUCCCUAUCUUUACCGACGUUCCCUAAGCACGACGACCGCCGACCGAGCCACGCCUUCCGCGGAGCAGGCGCCCGCCUUCUCCUUUGCCGAUGUCCUCGGCGACAAGAAGAAGACGCCCCAGACCUUGACCGAGAAGAUUGUCCAGAGCCAUGCGAUUGGGCUGCCGAGGACAAGGUCCGAGGCCAAUUUGAAGAAGUACGAGCAGAUCAAGGAGUUUGCCAAGACGCACGGCAUUGUUUUCUACCCUGCCGGACAUGGAAUUGGUCACCAGGUUAUGGUCGAAGAGUUGUAUGUAUGGCCGGGAAAACUGUGCGUGGCCUCCGACAGCCACAGCAACAUGUACGGCGGUAUUAGCUCUUUGGGUACCGCGCUCGUACGAACUGACGCGGCCUCGAUUUGGUCAACGGGAAAGAGCUGGUUCCAGGUGCCUCCUGUUGCGCAGGUUACCCUCACGGGGACUCUACCCGCGGGUGUUACCGGCAAGGAUGUCAUUGUUGCGCUGUGCGGUCUGUUCAACAGCGACGUGCUCAACCACGCCGUAGAGUUUGCCGGAUCUGAGGAGACUAUGGCUAGCAUCUCGGUCGAUAACAGGCUCACCAUCAGCAACAUGUCGACCGAAUGGUCCGCCCUCUCCGCUAUGUUCCCUAUCGAUCGCACACUCGAACGCUGGUUGCGGUACAAGGCCACCGAGGCGGCCAUGUUCCCCGAACCGCACUACGCCAAGCAACUCUAUCUUAACCUUUCUACCCUCUCGCCCUACGUCUCCGGUCCCAACUCGGUCAAGAUUUCCACUCCUCUCAGCGACCUCGCCUCCCAGAACAUCAAGGUCAACAGGGCGUAUAUCGUGUCCUGCACAAACUCCCGUGCGUCUGACUUGGCUGCCGCCGCCAAGGUUUUCCAAGACGCCGCCAAGGCCAACGGCGGCACGGUCCCCAAGGUCGCCGAUGGUGUCAAGAUGUACAUUGCCGCCGCGUCGGCCCGCGAGCAGGAGACUGCCGAGGAUGAGGGUGCCUGGCAGACCCUUUUGGAGGCUGGCAGCAUCCCCUGCCGGCUUCUUGCGGACCUUGUAUCGGGUUGGGGACGAAUGGGCUCUCGAGAUGCUCUGGCGUAUCUUGCUAGCCCCGAGGUCGUGGCUGCUAGCGCGCUUAACGGUGUGAUCUCGGGUCCCGGCACCUAUCAAGUCCCUGAGGACUACAAUGGCGUAGAGUACGGAUAUGGCACUGGCGCGCCAGCGACCGCAGAAAGCGAGCUUACCAGCGCUCUCGAGCAGCUCGAGUCGCUCAUUGACCGCGUCGAGUCCUCUAAGAUUACGGGCGAGAUUGUGUUCUGCGAUGCCGACAACCUUGAUACCGAUAAUAUCUACCCCGGUAAAUACACAUACCAAGACGACAUUACCGUCGAGGGCAUGGCCGAAGUGUGCAUGUCCAACUACGACCCCGAAUUCAGGACGAUUGCCAAGCCCAACGACAUCCUCGUCUCCGCGGGAAGCUUGGGCAACAUUUUCUCCCGCAACAGCAUCAACAACGCGCUUCUCGGUCUCGAGGUGCCUCGCCUCGUCGAGCGCCUGCGCGCCACCUUCCCCGAGAAGAUCACCACCCGGCGAACGGGCUGGACGCUGACGUGGGACGUGUCCAAGAGCGUGGUGAGGGUGCAAGAAGGCGAGGGUGGCGAGGUGUGGGAGGAGAAGGUGGGCGAGUUUGCCGAGAACUUGCAGGAGAUUAUCGCCAAGGGUGGUUUGGAGAACUGGAUCAAGCACGAGAUCGCCAAGACGGAGUGA